AUGUCCACCUCGUCUGAUCCGAUCGCCCCUCCUCGAAUUCUUUCGUGCGUCCUGUGCCAGAAACGUGUCGAAUGUAUCGCUUCGGUGCCUGCACCACCGCGGCCUAGGAAAAGAAAGACCGACCUACAAUCUCGAGUGGAGAGAUGUGAGGAGGCACUAAAAGUACAGGGUGCUCGACCGGAAACUGGCAAAUAUUUUGGCUCAGGAAGCCCCUCUACAACAGUUCCAGUGUCGCAUGAGUCCCGGGAAGGGAAGUUGGUCGUAGAUCAAGGGAAAUCCCGCUAUGUUGACAAUGCGUUAUGGAUGAGCCUUCCGGAUGAGAUAGCAAUGAGGCAAAAGUACAGCCCCCACUCGCUAUGGAUUUUGACCGGUGUUGCGAUUCGAAUUGGCCAAAGGAUGGGACUACACUCUGAUGGCAAGUCGCUUGGCUUGCCAAUAUUUGAGGCCGAGAUGCGAAGACGUGUCUGGUGGCAAAUUGUCCUCCUAGACAACAGAAAUGCGCAGCUAUCUGGUCUAAAGAAUUCGGUAGUGGCUAACUUUUUCGACACGAAUAUMCCUGCCAAUAUCAACGAUAGUGACCUGAACCCAAAUAUGAGCGAGCAGCCUUUAGAGCACAAGUACCAAACCGAGAUGAUAUUCUGCCUUAUCACCUAUGAGAUUGGGAAAUUUGUCAAAGAAGGCGGAUAUCAGAAAAUUUUCAGCGCUCCUUCGCCAGCUGUUAAGGACCAGAUAAUAAGCGAACUGGAAUCUCGACUAGAGGACAAAUAUCUGAAACUGACGGCCCAUCAUCCUCGUCACUGGAAAGCAAGCGGUGCUACCAUGCCACAAGAAGAGCGGGAUAUGUUGUUCAACCUUAGCCUGCAAAUGAUCGAAAACGAUACAUUGGUUCAUACCAUGGGAAACUUGAAGCCCUAUCUAUGGCAUGUGAACAUCCACUUUCAACUGGAUGCCUUCAUAUAUCUUCUAAGCGAAAUACGUCGUCAGCCUCCCGGUGACCUUUUUGAUCGAGCAUGGGAUCAAGUGCAACAAGUAUACGACAUGCACAAAGAAUUAAUUACUGAGGAUUAUGCUUUGUAUCUAGCUAUUGGCAAGCUAGCUAUUCGAGCCUGGGAGGUUCGAGAGUCUCAUCUAAGUCGCAUCUACCAAGGAAAUAUUGAUCCUCCUCACUUCAUUACAGCGCUGCAGCUGAAAUUACCAGCGAGGAAAGAUUUCAGAACAAAACCCGAUGACACAGCUCUUAACCACCAAACGUUACACAAUUUCCACCCGACAGGCAGCGAGCUGUACAAUGGGACCCUUGGCACUGACUUCGAUGACAACACGCAGUUCGAUCCCUUGUACGCAGAGGUUAGUCCGUUAUCUUGGGAGCAAUGGUCGGAGCUAUUCAAAGAAUAUGAGCAACAGCUUGCAAAUAGCAAUGGCUCAAGAAUAUUUGGCUGA